GAGCUGAGGAUAAAGGAAAUCAUGAAGAAACUGGACCAGCUGAUCCCUCCCAGACCUUUUCUCCACAUGAACACCACCACCAGCGCAGCACACAGCAGAGUCACCUUGCUCAGCCCUCGAGACACCUACUGCAAAGGGGAGCAGCUAGACCUCCUGCUGGAGGUGAGGGACCACCUGGGACGCAGGAAGGAGUAUGGUGGGGAUUUCCUGAGGGCCAGGAUGUCUUCCCCGGCCCUGAAGGCGGGGGCUUCAGGAGAGGUGACUGACUUCCACAAUGGCACCUACCUUGUCCGCUUCACUUUGUUCUGGGAGGGCCAGGUGUCUCUGUCCCUGCUGCUCAUCCACCCCAGUGAAGGGGUGUCAGCUCUCUGGAGGGCAAGGAACCAAGGGUAUGACAAGGUGAUUUUCACAGGCCAUUUUUCGAAUAGCACCGUCAAUGUUAACACCGAUUGUGCCCUAGUUUUAAACUCAAAUGCUGAACUGUGCAAGUACCUAGAUGCUCAAGACUAUGAAGCCUUCUACUGCCUGAAACCUCAUCACAUGCCCUGUGCUACACUCACCCAUAUGCACUCCAAGAACAAGGAAGUGUCCUAUCUUAGUAAACAAGAAAAGAGCCUCUUUGGAAGGUCAAACGUAGGUAUAGAGAUUAUGAAAAACUUCAACACCAUUCAUGUCUCCACAUGCAACAGUAAGUUUUUCCUGGGGAAAAAGUGUAAGCCUGAAGUAAUGUCUGCAGUCCCCAGUGGGUAUGUCUUGGAAGAGACAUGGAAUCCUGUCUCCUGUGGUUUAACCCACAUCGACAUGAAAGAAUGCCUGAGAGGAAAAUUCAUACAUCUCCUAGGUGAUUCCACAGUCCGCCAGUGGAUGGAAUUCUUCAAAGAGAACAUCAACACACUGAAGUCAGUGGAUCUUCAUGAAUCUGGAAAAUUUCAACACCAACUUGCUGUGGACUUGAAGAGGAAUAUCAACAUUCAGUGGCAAAAACAUGGUUAUCCUUUGAUCGGUUCAUUGAUCUAUUCAGUCAAAGAAAUUGAGUAUAUCGCCCGGGUCAUUGACAGAAUUGGAGGAGGAAAAAAUACUGUCAUCGUUAUUUCCCUGGGCCAACACUUCAGACCCUUUCCAAUUGAUGUUUUUAUCCGAAGGGCUCUUAAUGUCCACAAAGCAGUUCACCAUCUUCUCCUGAGAAGUCCAGACACUGUGGUUAUCAUCAAGGGAGAAAACAUCAGGGAACUGCACAAUGAUGUGGAGCGAUUCAGUGACUUCCAUGGAUACAUUCAACAUCUUGUCAUAAAGGACAUUUUCAAGGACCUUAAUGUGGGUAUCAUUGAUGCCUGGGAUAUAACCAUUGCUUAUGGCACAAAUAAUGUACACCCGCCUCAACCUGUGGUCAGAAAUCAGAUUAAUAUAUUGUUAAAUUAUAUUUGCUAG